AUGAAGGAGGAGGAGGAGGAGGAGGUAGCUCAGACGCAGCAUCAGGAGGAGGAGGAGGAGGAGGGGGACGAGGAAGAUACAGCGGGAGAACAUGGAGAAGAAGCUGAGGACGCCAAGCCCAGACCCAAGCCCAACUUCUCCUGUCCACUCAUCCCACCCAAGAUCCCAGAUGGAGAGAAAGUUGACUUUGAUGACAUCCAUCGUAAACGCAUGGAGAAGGACUUGACGGAGCUGCAGAGUCUGAUUGAAGCUCACUUUGAGAGCCGCAAGAAGGAGGAAGAGGAGCUGAUCGGCCUUACUGAUCGCAUUGAGAAACGCAGGGCGGAGCGAGCAGAACAGUUAAGGAUCCGGGCAGAGAAGGAAAAAGAGCGCGUUAACAAACUGGCCGGAGAGAAGGCACGAAAGGAGGAGGAGGAGGCCAAGAAGAAGGCAGAGGAGGACGCCAAGAAGAAGAAGGUUCUGACGAACCUGCAUGUGUCUGGAUUCAUGCAGAAGUCAGAGAGGCGGGGCGGGCCAAAGAAGCAGACUGGGAGAGAGAAGAAGAAGAAGAUUCUCAGCGAUAGACGCAAGGAUCUGAACGUCGGCCAUCUGAACGAAGAGAAGCUCAGAGACAAGGCCAAAGAGCUGUGGCAGUGGAUGCACCAACUGGAGGCUGAGAAGUUUGAGCUUCAGUACCACUACACGCGACAGAAAUACGAGGUCACAGUUCUCAGGAACCGAGUGAGUGACCACCAGAAGAUCACCAAAGGCUCACGUAGCAAACGAGGCCUGAGGAAAUGAAACCCUGCGAUGGUGACCGGACGGAUGCUGUACACACCUGAGAGUCGCCCAUGUGCUCCAGGAUGCUGUACACACCUGAGAGUCGCCCAUGUGCUCCAGGAGACGUGUGUGCUGCGCAGAGCCAGCCCUAGGGUGUGUGUGAUGCUGUGUGUAGGUGAUUCUGUGUGUAGUACACUGGCAUGUCUGUAGGAACGUGUGACAUGUUUAGUAGCUUGGUGUUAAGAGAUUCAGUAAAACUAUAUUAUUUUUCAAAUUCAAUAAAAGUAACAGCAUGAUAGUAA